AUGAAUUACGACUUUCUUAAGAAAAACGACGACAUCGACGAGGAGGCACUCGCAGGUGCUGCCAAGGCUGAUUACCAAUACGUUUCUAGCAUAGAAUUCCGGCGCUCGUGUAAUGCAACUACUAUCCGUUUCAGCGAUCAAAUACUCUCAAAGGAAUUUGCUACCAACAAGAAAUAUAAGCCACCCGAAUAUACUACGGAAGCCUACGAUAAAAACGAGCCAAAAAACAGGUACAAUGACAUUAUUUGUAUCGAUUCAACGCGUGUCAUUCUGAAAGACAGACCGUCGGAUGAUGAUUAUAUUCACGCAAGCUGGAUGACAAUGCCCGACCAAUUUAAGUACAUAUGCACGCAG